UGGUGACUGGGGUCUAAUUCGUGUGGGUCUGGCUCUCCAUGCAGCAUCAUUUCCGUAGGGGUAUUCAAGCAAAAUCCCCCCAAAAGACAGUUUAUGGACAAAACGAUCCUUAAACGACGUUGUUUAGUGCUAUAGUGAGCUUCAAAAUCGGGAAGAGUCAGCUCAAGGUUAAAAACUGAAAUGGCGCCUCACGAUUUGCGUCGUCAGUACAAGAGACCGGCGAUAUCCGAUCAACAGAGGCGGAGGGAGCUCUCGCUGCGGCGGCAGGAGCAGAACCGUCGCGAUGCUCAGCUUCAAGCUCGCUGUUUGGCUUCUACUUUACUCUCCCUCGAACAUGCCUCUGGGUCCGAAGAUAUCGAGCUCGUACCGGAACCCGAGCCCGAUUCCCAAACCGAACACGAACCAGGGACAUCUUCGAAUGACCUCGAUGUUCACCAAGCUUCGAAGCUGAAAGGCUCAGAGGCUCGAAAGUGGUUCGCGAGACAGCUUAUGCUCCCUGAGUGGAUGAUCGACGUCCCUGAUCGAUUGCCCCAUGACUGGUAUGUAUUUGCGAGGCCUUCUGGGAAGAGAUGCUUCGUCGUUGCAUCAAACGGCACGACAAUCAGUAGACAACGAAACGGGUCUGUACUUCACCAUUUUCCAUCUAAACUGCCCAACGGGUCCCGAUCCAAGGACGUUUCUGGGCCGGCUCAAUCCUAUUCCAUACUUGACUGCAUAUUUCAUGAGCCGGAUCAAACUUACUACGUUAUCGACAUGUUGUGCUGGCGGGGUUACUCUUUGUAUGAUUGUAGUUCGGAGUUCAGGUUUUUUUGGAUGAACUCCAAGCUUGCUGAGACUGGAGCUUGUGAACCUCCCUCACAUUUCCACAAGUACAGGUUUAGUUUGGUCCCCGUUUACAGCUGUGAUCAGAGUGGUUUCCAUGCAGCUUAUAGAGGAGAAGUGCCUUAUGUAAAGGACGGUCUAUUGUUUUACAAUAAGCAUGCGCAUUAUCAACCAGGUAAUACACCAUUGACAUUAGUUUGGAAGGAUGAGGGCUGUAGUCAUUAUGUUGUUGAUACAGAUAACAAAGGACAGGCUCUAAGCCAACAACAGGUGGUAUUAGAACUCCAUGAUGAUUGCAAAGUGACAACAUCAGAUGAUCCUCCUGUAGUACUUGGCUUCUUAGAACAGGAGUUCGUACAGAAGUUAGGGUUGCAUUCUGGAAAUCUUCUCCGUUUUGCUAUUGGUGAUGGAGGAUUGAGUAUUGUGGAUGGGAAUUUCGAGAAGGCUGAUUUACACUAUAUUGGCAAGGUCAAUAGAGCACGUGCUUUUGCAGAUAGUUAUUCUAAGGUUAUGUUUCAGUAUAUGGUUAGGCACUCUCCUCUAAGAAUUGAUGAUAUUGUAAAUGUAAUUAACUCAUCAAAUGAGGAAGGAAACAAGCCUUGUGAUGUUGAAAUGGCUGGUUGAUGGUGAGUGGAAUACAAAUUAUUGUGUUGGUUCACUUUAAUAUGUAAGUACUCUCAUAAAGACUUUGAGUUAUAUAUUUGGUUUAGUUGAACGCAACUGCCAGUUUUAAUCCAGUUUCUUUUCUUAA